CACAGAUCGCAACCGCAAUCAUGGCGCCUUCAUUCGAACAACUAGACCCGGAGACGGAAUUCGAAGACGAUGAGGAGAUUGACUUUACAGAUCUCAAGGAACAAUAUGAGGAGCACAUGGAGGAGGGUCUGGACACAUUUAUCGUGAUUGAUGGUCUGCCCAAGGUGCCGGCCGACAGCAAGGGAAAGCUGGUGAAAUUCUUGCUCCGCAGCUUGACGAAAGUCGGCAGCACGAAGGAGGAGAAUGUCUUCAUGCCAAUCAACGAGGAGACUGGAAGUUCCGAGGGAUUCGCCUUUGUCGAGUACGAAACACCUGCGCAAGCCGCCGCUGCGGUCAAGGCCCUGCACGCCACUCCUCUGGACAAGAAGCACACCAUUGCCGUGAACAAACUCACGGACAUCGAGCGAUUCGGAAGAGAAGGACGAAUCGAUGAGACCUACCGCGCACCCGAGAUUCCCGAGUUUGAAGAGAAGGAGCACUUGCGCUGGUGGUUGGGAGAUGAGGAGGGCAGAGAUCAGUUUGUGAUGUACCGUGGUGACAACGUGGGUGUUUUCUGGAACGAGCGUGAAGGACAACCGGAUCAGGUCGUCGACCGUCAGCACUGGACCGAGUCUUUCGUCCAGUGGUCACCAAAGGGCACAUAUCUCACAUCGAUGCACAACCAGGGUGUACAACUCUGGGGAGGUCCGAACUGGUCGAGACAAAAGCGAUUCAUGCACCCUGGUGUCAACCUUGUCGAUUUCUCUCCGGACGAACGCUACAUCACCACCUGGUCUCACCGUCCCAUGGAGGUGGACGAGACCAACCCCAUUCUCUCGAUUGAGGAGGACGGAAAGAACUACAUCAUCUGGGAUGUUGCUACCGGCAAGCCUCUUCGUUCAUUCGUUACUCUCGAUUCUCCUGGCCCUUCUGUCGAUCCCGACGGUAACCCGAUCAAGAAGAAGAUUCAGUGGCCCGCGUUCAAGUGGUCUGCUGAUGCCAAGUAUGUCGCUCGCUUGAACGAAGGCCAAAGCAUCAGUGUCUACGAACUUCCCCGCAUGAACCUCCUCGACAAGACCAGCAUCAAGAUUGACGGUGUUGUGGACUUCGAAUGGGCUCCUGCGAACCCACAGCGCGCCAGCGUCACCGACUACGAACAACUCUUCUGCUACUGGACUCCUGAAAUGGGCUCAAAUCCCGCCAAGGUGGGUCUUAUGACCGUUCCCACGAAGGAGGUCGUCCGCACACGAAAUCUCUUCAACGUCAGCGAUGCCAAGCUCCACUGGCAGUCCGAAGCCGCAUAUGUCUGUGUCAAGGUCGACCGCCACAGCAAGUCGAAGAAGUCGCUCGCCACAAACCUCGAAAUCUUCCGUGUCCAAGAAAAGGGUGUCCCAGUCGAAGUCGUGGACAACCUCAAGGAGACUGUCAUCAACUUCGCAUGGGAACCCAAGGGCAACCGCUUCGUUCUCAUCACAACUGGCGAGGUACCUGUCGGUUCCGCUGUACCUCCAAAGACCUCAGUCUCAUUCUUCGCGCCUGAAAAGGCCAAGGGACGCGAAAUUGGAAACUUCAAGCUCAUCCGAACAGUCGACAAGAAGAACAACAACGCUAUUCACUGGUGCCCUAACGGUCGCUUCGUCAUUGUUGCCACUGUUCUGAGCCAGCAGAGCUUCGACUUGGAUUUCUGGGACUUUGACUUUGAGGGCACACCUGACGAAAAGGAGAAGGACCUCACUGCUAACCUCCAGCUCAUGAACACUGCGGACCACUACGGCGUGACAGACAUUGAGUGGGACCCAAGUGGUCGAUUCGUCGCCACCAGUGCCAGUGUCUGGAAGCACCGAAUGGAAAACGGAUACCACCUCUACAACUUCUCCGGCCAACUUCUCCGCGAGGAGCCCAUCGAGCAGUUCAAGCAGUGGACAUGGCGCCCACGUCCCGAGCGCCUCAUCAGCAAGGAGGAGAUGAAGGCCGUCCGCAAGAACCUGAAGCAGUACGCCAAGGAGUUCGAAGAGCUCGACAACGCCAAGCGCAGCACUGCCGACAAGGCCAUCAUCGAGGCUCGCCGCAGACAACUCGACGAGUGGCUCGCAUGGCGCGAACGCACCCAGGAGGAACUUCUCGAAGAGCGGAGAGAUUUGGGCCUGCCGGACCUCAGCGAGGAGAGGCAUGCAUUGGUCAUUGCUGAGGAGGAAGGCGCGGAUCAGAGCAAGGUGGUCGAGGAGAUUACCGAGGAGAUUUUGGAGGAGACGGAGGAGAUUCUCGAGUAGAGGAUCAUCUUUCACCUUUUGGGCUCCAUGCUGGACGGAGAGUUCGGAUGUUGCAUGAUGUGGUGUGCAUGAGCGGAGAGAUCUCGUUCGAACGACUGAUGUGCUAGAUACACUCGUGCGUUGUGCAUACAGCGCCCACAAUGUUCACCACGAUUUCAUUCCG